AGCAGUACUUCAGAAAGAGAAUCACAGAUAUGAGUCUGGCCGACAGAAUCAUCUCACAUAUUAAGACGUCUCAUAGUCUCUACAUCAUGUGCCACAUUCCUCUUUUCUGCUGGAUCACUGCCACAGUACUUCAGGAUAUUCUUAUCAAGAACAGAGAAGAGACCAUCAGCACAACACUCACUGAAAUGUACAUCCACUUCCUGCUGAUACAGAUGAACAUCAAGAGCCAGAAGUAUGAUGUAAAAUCAGAAAGAGAAUAUACAGAGAACUUAGAUUCAAACAGAACAAUGAUUUUAAAGUUAGCGAAGCUAGCAUUUGAACAGCUGAAGAAGAAAAACAUUGUAUUCUGUGAGAAAGAUCUUAAAGCAUGUGGUAUUAUUGUGAGUAAAGACACUGAGUUCACAGGAAUGAUCGCUGAGAUCUUUAAAAAGGAAAAUGGACUUCAUGACAAGAAGGUCUUCUCCUUUGUGCAUCUGAGUGUUCAAGAGUUUCUUGCUGCAGUGCAUGUGUUCCUCUGUUACCUGAACAAAAACAUGCAGGAGCUUCAGUUUUUCUUUGAUAAGCCAGAAGAAAAAAGCACAUCGCAGGAGCGACAGUUUUUCUUUGAUAAGCCAGAAGAAAAUAGCACAUUGCAGGAGCUACUGCAGAAGGCUGUUGAUAAAGCCAUGGAGAGUAAGAGAGGUCAUCUGGACCUGUUCCUGCGGUUUCUGAUGGGCAUUACACUGGAAUCCAGUCAAAACCUGCUCCAAGGCCUGAUCACACACACUGAAGACACCACAGAGAGCAUCAGACAAACAACUCAAUACAUUAAACAAGUGCUAAACAGUUACUCUAUCUCAGAUGAAGCUUCAGUCAACCUAUUCUACUGUUUGCUUGAGCUCAAGGAUCGUUCAUUAUAUGAGGAAAUACAGAAAUACCUCAGUUCAGAUGCACAUCCCGGAAGAGACCUCUCAUCUUCAAUGUGCACCGUGCUGAUCACAGUACUGCUGAUGUCAGAGAAGGUGCUGGAUGAGUUCAACCCAAAGAGAUUCACAUCACCUUCAAACUACAAGAGACUCAUUCCAGCUGUGAGAUGCUGCAGAAAAGCCCUAUUUGAUGGCUGUGGUCUUGAUGAGACAUGCUGUGAAACUGUAUCUUCAGCUCUCCAAUCAUCAGACUCUCAUCUGAGAGAGCUGGACCUGAGUAGAAAUCACUUGCAAGAUACAGGAGUGAAGCUGCUGUAUGAUGGACUGAAGAGUUCACACUGUCAGCUGGAGAUACUGAGGCUAUGUGGCUGUAAUCUCACUGCUCAGUCCUGUGAAAGUUUAUCAUUAGCUCUACAAUCCUCAACCUCUCGUCUGAGAGAUCUGGACCUGAGUAACAAUAACCUGAAUGAUUCUGGAGUGAAGCUUAUUUCUGAUGGACUGAAGAGUUCACACUGUCAGCUGGAGAUACUGAGGUUUUCCAUAUGUAAUCUCACUACUCCUUCUUGUGAGAGUUUGUCAUCAGUUUUACAAUCCUCAAACUCCCGCCUGAAAGAGCUGGAUCUGACUAAUAAUGACCUGGAAGAUUCAGGUGUGAAGCUGCUUUCUGAUGGACUGAAGAUAAACUGUAACCUGGAAAUACUGAGAAUCUUUUGCAGACAAUGACUGCCUUAAGUUUGGACUCAUGGACAUCAGCAGAGACCGUACAGUAAAAUCCAGUGUCAAGAGCUCAACUUAGGCAAACACUGGCCUCGAUAAUGGUAACUUAAUUGAUAACAAAACUGAAACAUCAACAUCUAAAGUCAGUCUUGUUAGUAAUGCAUGAAGCUGGUGAUGCUGUUUGUGGAG